ACACCACUCAGAGGCCAGUGGAAGACAGGCCCUGCUGCAGUGCCAGGCACCCAAGCCACAGUGCAGGUGAGGAGUGAGGGAAGAGAGGCUGAGGGUAGGAGGGGUGUCAGGACCCCCCUUGUGUCUUCCCCUGGGUGUGAUCAGCAUCCACGCUGUGAGUGAUAGUCCUUGUGCCCGUCUAACCAGAGGCAGGGGCUUGGACUCAGGGCCUUCUCUUUGGGCUCCCUGACCAUCUGUCACCUCCAGCAGGAGCAGAGAUGGGGCGGAGUGGCACAGCCGCAGCGGUCGUGGAAUUGUGGGUCUUGGUGACUGUGGGUGUAGCUGCCAACCCCAACGUGACUAAGCCUCAGCGCUGCCUCCUCUCACACUAUCACUCCUUGGACCCCCGGGCGCUGCUGGCUGUCAAGGCGCUGAGGGACCACUAUGAAGAAGAGACACUGAGCUGGGGGCCCCAAAACUGCUCGAUCCGCCCGAAGAGGAACCCUCCCCGGCCGUCGUCCUGUGCGAUGCUCCGCCGGGUGGCCCGCGACCUCGCCGACGCCCAGGCCGUGCUGAGCAGCCUGCCGAGCCCCGAGCUCUUCCCCGGCGUCGGGCAGACCCUGGAGCUGCUGGCGGCCGCGGGGCGGGACGUGGCGGCCUGCCUCGAGCUGGCCCGGCCAGGCUCCUGGAGGAGGUCCCCGCGGCGGCCCGGGAGGCGUCCCAAGACUCGCCGAGCUGAGUCGCCUCGGUGCCACGAAGCCACCGUCAUCUUCCACCUCCUGCGCCUGCUCGCGUGGGACCUGCGGCUGGUGGCGCACGCGGGGCCUUGUCUGUGAUGCC